UGCAGGAGAAUGGAGGGAGCGCCACAAUUCAAGCUCCUGCUUGUUGGAGAUGGCGGUGUUGGCAAGACAACAUUCGUGAAGCGCCAUUUGACUGGUGAGUUCGAGAAGAAGUACAUAGCAACAGUGGGCGUUGAGGUACAUCCUCUCCUCUUCCACACAAAUCGUGGACCCCUCGUGUUCAACGUGUGGGAUACUGCGGGACAAGAGAAGUUCGGUGGACUUCGUGAUGGGUAUUACAUUCAGGGUAACUGCGCGAUCAUUAUGUUCGACGUUACUGCCCGUAUGACGUACAAGAACGUUCCCAACUGGCACAGAGACAUCGUCAGAGUUUGCGAGACCAUCCCCAUCGUCCUCUGCGGCAACAAGGUUGACGUGAAAGAUCGUAAGGUCAAGACCAAGCAGAUCAACUUCCAUCGAAAGAAGAAUCUCCAGUACUACGAGAUCUCGGCUCGCUCCAACUACCAGUUCGAGAAGCCCUUCCAGUGGCUGGCCAAGAAGCUUGUCGGAGAUCCCAACCUCUACUUCGUUGAGUCUCCCGCUCUUGCUCCUCCCGAGGUUGCGAUCGACGAGGGUAUGAUGAGACAAUACACCUUGCAGUUGGAGGAGGCGAAUCAAAUCGCUCUGCCCGACGAGGACGAUUCCGAUCUUUAGAUUGACUGACUGACAUGUUCAUUGCCAACAAUGGCUUCUCUCAUCGUGCCUUGGAUAGCUCAGAUGUGAAGUUUUGGGAUCUUGAUGGUGUAAAGAUUAUGACAAGGUGAAGAAUGAGAAAACGAGGGCCUUAAGGGUUUUGCUUGUUUUUCUGAUAAAAACAAGAA